UCGUGCCUUCAAUAAGUCAACCCACGCUUCCUCUACUUGAUGAGCAAAUCGUCAUUUGUUGAGUUAUCUUAUGCUAAUGCAGAAGAAAACCAUCAAGCAAACUGAUUUCAUUUGUCUUAGCAGUAGGAGUGUGAAAUCGAGCAUCAUCGUGUAUACAUACAUAUACAUACAUUAAAACUGUUUUCAUCGAUAGCAGGUUUUUUAUGUCAUUCGUCGUUUAGAAAUGGCAUUUAUUGGGAGAGCCGGUCGGGUUGCAGACGCAGUUAAAAGAAGUCCGCAGUUACUGAGAAAGAAAUUUGACGAAAGAUUUGGCCGACAUCAAACUUUGGACGAAGAUUGGUUGCACGAAAACGAGGCCCUCGUCGACGGAAUCUCGUUUUACGUAAAGUACCUUGGUUGCGGUCCGGCGAGCGAGGCCCAAGGACAUGGUGUCACUGACGAAGCUGUGAACAGAUUAGUAGCUGAAGCAAAGUGGAAGAAGUCGAAGGGAGACGCGAAACUGGAAAAGGUUGUUCUCACCAUUACACCAAAACAUAUUAAAAUACAGGAUCUAUCAAAAGAGAGUGAAGCAGAAGUAAUGCCAAUAUUUCGAAUUUCAUAUUGUACGGCGGAUCCCAAUCAUCCGAGAAUAUUUGCGUUCAACGCGAGAGAAAAACAAAGCCUUCAAAUCAGAUGUCGGGCAUUCUUGUGCGCCAAACCCAAAAUGGCCAAAGCAAUUGCUUUAACCCUCGCGCAAGCGUUCAAUGUUGCAUACGAAACAUGGGAGGCAGUCAAAGAAGACAAAAAACAAACCGAUCGACCGUCCCCCCUCGCCAGUAAUGGCGCGCUGAAAUCUGAGACCGACAGAUAUAUGUCGAACGGUUCCUCCAUUCAAAUGAGAACAUCUUCGGAGCCUCUCAACGGCAACUUUCUACAUCCACAUGAUGAUUACUCAGGCCGAAAUUCUUCGUCUGUUGAUGCACCAUCUGUACAACUGACGCCGCCAUCGACAAGAAAGAAGACAAGCCUUCGAAAACUGGAUUUCACCUUCGACGACGAAUUUGAUCAAGAAUUCACGAAGCUCGCAAAUUCGCGCUCGAACCCGCACCUCUUGGAUAUCGGUUUCGCGAAAGAAGAAAUCCAAAGGGAAAACUGGGAGCCGAUUUUGGACAUAUCGCAAAGCGAAGACCACCUCUUUAAGUCCAAAUCUUUUGAGGAUUUAAGUAAAACAGAUCAGUAAUAUGUUAAUAAAUCUGGUGCAUGAAUCUUAAACAAUCAUUGGAGAUAUAUAUAUAUAUAGUUAUAAACGUACCAAAAAAGGGCACUAAAAACAUGUCACGAGUUAUUUGUAGCGUGAUAGUUCAUUUUUAAAGGCUGCACAAGAGACCAUGCAUUAGUUAGACUUUGAGUUAUCGUUCCAGACAUAUACUGAGUUUACUUGAACUCAUAUAGUGAAUUGAACAACGAACUGCAGAAAUUAAACGAAGAUCGCUACUUGUUAAUUAAGUAAAUGUAUGUAUUUAUCUACAAAAUACGAACGUUCUAUACUAACAUUUUAAAUACACACGAGUUAAAUGUGAAA